UCCUAUUACAACUCCUUUUUCUUUAUUUUAUUUUAUACCCCUCCUUUCAUUUUUUUUUCUUUUUUUUUUGCGAUGAAUGCUUUAAUUGCACUACUUCACUUCUGUGAAGUUCAUGGGCCCUGCGUAGUUUAUUGCACACAAACCAUUCACCAAACAUCCUCCUCAGGGUCGACGUUGGAUAUUAACAUACCUGCGCUUAAGACGAUGAAUUUAGAUGGGGAAACCGCGGCGUUACCACCUCUACGAAAAAACUCCCUGUGCAGCACACCACAAAAGACGACUUCUUCCGCGACGUGUGCAGCGUGUACGGCGCAAUUACCUCUUGUGAAUACAGGCCAGAGUAUUACAGAGGCCAAAAGUUUAUUUACACUUGAUCAAGAUGAUCCCUCCAUUAAGUAUAUAGGAACUAAAGCACCUCAGCAAAAUCAUUUGUACAAGGCGGUACGACUUGCGUGUGUGAGGAGUUUGACGGCGGAAUUUUGUCAGGGAAGGGAUGGACCAGUUUUAUUUGGGGAUGAUGAAAAUGGAUAUGUCAUGAGUUACAUGUUUAAAUUACGAGAUUCACAGGCAAGAGGAGAAGCAAGAUUCUAUUCGUUAAUGAUGUUGAUGACGGAUCGAGUUUAUUUAAUAUCAUGUUGGCCUUUUCUUGUCAGUGCUUUUAGAUCGAUGGCAUUGAAUUUACAAGAAAGGGCAAAUACGGUAUUUCAAAAAGAAAAAGAAAAUAAUAGACAACAAUCCUAUCAUUCAUCCAUCACCAGACGUACUCCCAUAUCAUCACAAGAUCCUUUUUUUAGACGGAAAAGUAACACUGCAUUAAGAUCACUCGUUGACUUAUUAGGAAUCAAGGAUAUUUAUGCACAAAUUCAAGCACAAUUCAGUUACACUUUGAAAUUAUCUUCAAGAAAGCGAAUGGAAAAAUUAACACUUGGCAGAAGUGAAAGUGCUCUUUAUACCAAACUGAAGGCCGAAUAUCAAGCCAAAAAAGAACAGAGACUACAGCAACAACAGUCAAAAAAAUAAGAGGUCACGCGGUCAGAUGUCCGCUUAUCAGAUCCUUUUUUAAUAUUUGUUUAUUUGUCUAUAUAUAUUCACACGCACGCAUACCCUAUUAUAUUUAUAUUCCUUUCUCCUCUAUUUUUUUUUAAAAAAAAAUAAUGCUAUUGUUAAACUACGCCGUUCUAUUCUCUUUGCUGCUGAUAGUUGUGACCGCUCAACCUGUCAAUACCCUUCAAUCUAUCCAAGUAGCAGCACAAUUAGCGCGAAAGAUCGUAUCGGAUGCAGGUAAGUUAUUCCCGCUCACUUUUUGUUAUUAAUUACUAAAAGUCU